CCCCUUCCCUAUUUAUUUAUUUGGCACAACUUCCCUAGUUCCCCCUCUGCUCCGCUCAGUUUCCUUCUAUGGACAGAUCAGCAAAGCUGGACACUGAGGAGCUCAAGAAUCCAUGUGUGAGGUCAUCUUCUGUUAUGUUGGUUCUGUUAUCACGUAGGACAAACUUCCUUUGGGAUUGCCGUGGCCAGAUGACACGAGAGCAGUAUAUAUUAGCAACACAACAGAACAGCCUUCCAAGUACUGAACAUCCUCAAUUUUACCCAGUAGGGAUCUAUGGAUGGCGAAAGAGGUGCUUAUACUUCUUUGUCCUUCUACUAUUGGUUACCAUGAUUGUUAACUUAGCAAUGACAAUAUGGAUUUUGAAGGUUAUGAAUUUCACAGUGGAUGGAAUGGGAAAUUUGAGAGUCACUAAAAAAGGAAUACGACUUGAAGGAGUAUCUGAAUUUCUACUUCCACUAUACGUGAAAGAAAUCCAUUCCCGAAAGGAUAGCCCGCUGGUCUUGCAGUCUGACAGAAAUGUAACAGUGAAUGCAAGAAAUCACAUGGGACAGUUAACUGGACAACUGACAGUAGGAGCUGAUGCUGUGGAGGCCCAGUGUAAGAGAUUUGAAGUGAGGGCAAAUGAAGGUGGAAAAGUGUUGUUUUCUGCAGAUGAAGAUGAGAUUGUCAUUGGAGCUGACAGACUGAAAGUAACAGGCACGGAAGGGGCAGUGUUUGGGCACUCUGUGGAGACACCCCAUAUCAGAGCAGAACCUUCCCAAGACCUCAAACUUGAAUCUCCUACUAGAUCUUUGGUGAUGGAAGCACCCAGGGGAGUGCAGGUCAAUGCAGCUGCAGGAGACUUAAAGGCUACCUGUAGGAAAGAACUGCACUUACAGUCCACAGAAGGGGAAAUAUUUUUAGACGCAAAUACAAUACGUCUGGGAAAUCUACCAGUGGGUUCCUUUUCCUCCUCCUCCUCCCCCAGCUCUUCAGCUCCUCGACAGACUAUCUACGAGCUCUGCGUCUGUCCCAAUGGCAAACUUUACCUGUCCCCAGCAGGAGCAGGCUCCACAUGUCAAUCCAGUAGCAACAUCUGCUUGUGGAGCUAAAAAGACUCCAAUUUAUCCUCACACCAGAAUAGCCUUUUGUUACUAUCCCUGUGCUUCACAGUUUUGCUCGGUUUCCCUUGUGACAAGUUCGAUGCUUCAAACGGCCUGCAGAACAACUUCUUCCAGUGUAAGCAGGAAUACAGCACUGCCUUCUCUUGUGGUUUGUGUUGCCACUCAAUGCAGAGAUGGGAGUGAGAUAUUCAGAAAUCAAUGUAUUCUGCAUCAGGAAACCUGGAACAUAAUAUCACCUUUUGUCCAAAAGGAAGAAUAACACAGGUGCCUUUGCUACAUGAAGUGAAGCACAUAGUUUUAGAUUUUUGCAGGACCUGGAUAUGAACUGCAUAUAUAUAUAUAUAUAUAUACACACAGAGAGUACAUAAAUUUUCCUAGAAUCUGAUGGUGAGAUGAAUUGGUUCCCCUGUAUGAUAAAUAACUUUACUGUCUGAAAGCACAAUUUUCAUUCAUCUUUUUGGAUGUAAACUUUUAUCCCUGAAUUUUAAAAUGUUGAAGCAUUGUGUGAUGCUUGCUUUACUAAACAAUUAAAUUCAGUAAAUGUUUUUUAACACAAAAAGAGACAGAAUCCCUCCCUGAGUUUGGUUUCUUUAAAGGUGUGUUGUUACUCUUUGUCUACUGAGUCUAGGGUUUUGUACACUAGGUAAAUUUUGGAAGUGCUCAGCAAUAUUACUUUGCAGAGUUGAACAGACAUCUGCUAUUGUUUGUCUGAUCUGAAUGGCCUUAUACAGUAUUUUCAUGGCUACUGCACGUGAAGCGAUUGUGGAACAUAUGGUUUCUAGAACAGAAAAACAGGGUAAAGAGGGAAAUACUGAUGAUAUGUUUGUUGAUCAGUGUGUUGCUCUUCACAAGGUAUUUAUAAUUGGCAAAUGCAAAACAAAGAAAAAAUCUUCAAAGGUGCAUCUUGGCCAUUUUCUGUGUCUAACUGCUGCCAUUUGAACACAGUACAAAUCUUAGUACUGAUGUAAAGUGUAAUGCUGAGAAGCAAUGCACUAACAAGUGGUAUGACAUUUACAUUUGUUAUUCUCGUUUGUUUACCAUCUCCUGCUAAGCUUUACAACGUAAUAGUAAUAUAUAUGAAAACAUUAAAUGGCUUUCAAUAUUAAAAAGUACAUUCAUAUUACAUUGACUUUAUCAGGUCUGUGUUUAAAUUAUGCAGCCCCAUUUGCACUCAGAUCUCACUACUGACUUCUUUCUCUGACAAGGUUGAUGUGGAAUUUCUUUCUUGCAUCAAUGUUCAUACUAGUUUGGUUUGAUUGGUAAUUGAAAUAAUAUAGAA